AUGGAAUGUCAAUCAUUUGAGAACAGGUCUGAACAAUCUGUAUGGGAAAACAGACAUUUCUUCAAAGAUGAGCACCAUGCUGAAGUAUUCCUCGGGGCAAUGGAUACAACCUUCCUCUUGGCCUAUGCUGUGGGCUUGUACAUCAGUGGUAUCUUGGGUGAUAGGUUUAACCUGAGAAAAGUACUAGCAUUUGGAAUGUGUUCUUCUGCAGUUAUGGUGAUAAUGUUUGGAAGUGUGAGCAAGUGGAUUGGAGUUUACAACAUUUGGUAUUAUGGAGUAUUUAUGGCACUAAAUGGUCUCUUUCAAUCUACUGGUUGGCCGUGUGUUGUGGCAGUCAUGGGAAACUGGUUUGGAAAAUCAAGUCGAGGAAUUGUAUUUGGAAUAUGGAGUGCCAAUGCUUCUGUA